GCGCAAAAAUGGAUAAAUGUUGAAGUAUGGGUAAUAAAGUAUUCACAAAUCCUUUACAUCGAUGAUGAUGAUGAUGACGAGUUGUCGGAUGAUUAUGAUUAUGAUGAUAAUAAUAUUGACGAUUCGGAUGAUGAUGCUGAUGACGAUGUUGGUUGGGAAGAUGAUGAUCAUGAUGAUGAUUCUGAUGAUGAUGAUAAUGAAAAUGUUGAUGAUGAUCAUGAUGAUGAUGGUGAUCAUGAUUCGGAAGAUGAUGGCGAUGAUGAUGAUGAUGAUGAUGAUGAUGAUGAUGAUGAUGAUGAUGAUGUUGAUUCGAAGGAUGAUUCGGAUGAUGAAGAUGAUGAUGAUGAUGAUGAUGACUCGAAUGAUUAUGAUGAAGAUGAUUCGGAUGUUGAUGAUGUUGAUUAUGGUGAUGAUGAUGAUGAUUCGCAUGAGGAUGAUGAUGAUUAUGAUGAUUCGAAUGAUGCUGAUUCGGAUAUUGAUGAUUCGGAUGACGACGAAGAUGAUGAUGAUAUGGAUGAUGAUAACGAUGCUGAUUCGGACGAUGAUGUUUAUGCUGAUGAUGUUGAUGAAGAUGACGUUGAUGAUAUUGAUGAUGAUGGUGAUCAUGUUCAUGGUGAUGACGAUGACGAAUAUUCGGAUGUUGAUAAUGAUGAUGAUCAUGAUGAUGGUGCGGAUGAUGAUGAUCAUGAUGAAGAUGAUGAUGAUGAUCCGGAUGAUGAUGUUGAUGAUGAUGGUGUUUCGGAUGAUGAUGGUGAUGAUGAUGGUAAUUGGAGUGAUGACGAAAACAAUGAUGGUCGUCAUUCGAAUGAUGACGAUGUUGACGAUGAAGAUGUUUACGAUGAUUCGGAAGAUGAUGUUGAUUCGGAAUAUGAUGAGGAUGAGGAUAAUGAAUCGGAUAAUGGUGAUGAUGAAGAUGAAGAUGAUGAUUCGGAUGAUGAAGAUGAUUCUCAUGAUGAUGAUGAGUCGGAUGAGUAAUCUGACGAUGAUGAUGAUGAUGAUGACCAUGAUAAUGGUGAUGAUGAUGGUGCUGAUGUUGAUGAUGAGGAUGAUGUUGAUGAUGCGGAUGAUGAUGAUGAUGAUGAUGACGAUGAUGAUGACAAUGAUGAGGAUGAUGAGUCGGAUGAUGGUGAUCCGAAGGAUGAAGAUGACGAAGACUCGGAUGAUGAUGAUGAUAAAUAUGAUGAUGAUGAUCCUGUACAUGAUGAUGAUGAUGACGAUGGUUCGUCUGAUGAUGAUGAUGAUGAUUAUAUUUCGGAUGAUGAUGGGGAUGAUGAUGGUGAUUUGGGUGAUGAUGACAAUACUGAUGGUGGUGAUUCGGAUGUUGAUUCGUAGGAAUAUUCGGAUGAUGAAGAUGAUGAUUAUGAUGAUUAUGAUGAUGAUGAUGAUGAUGAUUCGCAUGAGUUUCAUGAUGAUUAUGAUGAUUCGAAUGAUGCUGAUUCGGAUAUUGAUGAUUCGGAUGAUGACGAAGAUGAUGAUGACUUGGAUGAUAAUGAUGAUGCUGAUUCGGACGGUGAUGCUUAUGAUGAUGAUGUUGAUGAUGAUGACGAUGAUGAUAUUGAUGAUGAUGAUGAUCAUGUUCAUGGUGAUGAUGAUGAAGAUGAUUCGGAUGUGGACGAUGAUUCGGAUAAUGAUGAUGAUGAAGAUGAUGAUGACGAUGAUGAUAAUGAUGAUGAUGAUGAUAAUGAAGAUGAUCAUUAUGAUGGAGAUGUUGUUGCGAAGGAUCAUUAGGAUGAUGAAGUAUAUCAUGUGA